CCAGGCAAAUUGGCUAAGAAGGAACCCCAUGAAAAUCGCGAUUGCUUCCAUAUAUUCAAGGAUUAAAGUGAGUAAAAGUAGAGGCUUCCUUCUUCAUCCCGGAUCUAUCGUCAGUGCAGUCCAAAACAUGUAUCUUUCUUCCAUCUUCACUAAGUAAAGACUCCAAAUUAGGUAUGUUUCGAAUUUUUGAUUCUUUUUGUAUUUAUGUAUAAUCCAACUUCAUAUUUGGGUAAGUCGUCUCUUCUUCACCGGUGGAAACUCUACAAAGUACCAAAUGACGGAAAUUUCAUUCGCUCCUUCCCCAACUUUCGAACCAGAGACCAGAUGGAAUUUUUUUGGACUGUAACUUGGCCGCUGCAAAUCAGGGAUAUUCUUCGAGGGUACCGAUCUUUUUGUUGCAACAGACAAGCAAAUUAGUCUACCCUAUUUGCACGAUUCGUCCCAAUUCAUACUAUUUGUGGUCAUCUAAGCCAUCCAGGUGUUUAAAAGUGAGCCAAUGUAUCAUCACUCAUAAAAUCUAAAUUCAAGUAGUUUGUGUGUUUUCCCAUCUCUGAUUUUUUCAGAGUAUGAGACUUUGGAGGUUUUAAAAAAUUAGAAGCAAAUUCAUUACUUAAUAAAAUUGAUAAUUGUUACCAAACUUAUCUAGAUUUGUUCGACAUGUAAACAUUAGGGGGUUAAACUAACAUGUAGAUAAUGACACCAUAUGGGGGUUAAACUUAUCUACAUAAGUUUGAUAAUUGUUACCAAACUUAUCUAGAUUUGUUCUACAUGUAAACAUUUAGGGGUUAGACUAACAUCUAGAUAUGUUUUAUUGUUAUUUAAUUGUUCUUCAAUAUACGUUAGUUAGCUACGUUUUCCUAGAUUGUCUUUCUUUUGGUAAAUUCCAAUAUAAUUGUUCCGAUUAAUAAUUUCAACCAAAGUUUUUGAGGGAGAGUUUCCAUCAUGUCUUCCAACCAAUGUUUAAUGGUUAACAAAGGAUUAUUGCAUUGAAUUUUGGGAUGAAAGAAAAAAUGACCACACAACUUGAAUCGUCUUCAGAGUUGAGAUAUGGUUGCUUGAUGCCCCUUAAUUGGGAUACUUUUUAAAAUAAUAUACUGUAGGAUGUGUUUUUUUAUAUCUAAAGGUCAAUCUCAAUUUGAAACACCAUGUCUGCUUAUUAACAUAUUAUACAAUUUGAUGAUUUAUCAAUUUUAUUUGAUUUUUCAAAAUUGUCUAUUUAUGGAGAAAAUUACUGCAAUUUAGAAAAAAAUUGUAACUUGUUGGUGUCUCCUGCCAACAUAUUUUGUAAAGCAGAUUGUUUGUGAGGAUUAUGGUGUGGGGGAUGAGCUAAGAUAUUAUUCUAUUGUCAUUGCAUACUUCGAAUUUUAUUCAACUUCAUACUUUUAUACCAUAUUUGAUUGGUGUAUGUAAAUGGAAAUAAAGUUUGAUACAAAAUUUACUGAGCUCUUACUUGUGGAAGUAUUCACUAAUUUUUGUUUAAAACUAUCAUCCAGAAUGGCGCAGGUGAAAAUAUACAACGAGAUAAGCAUGUCGUAGGCAGAAAUAUACAACACGACGUAGAGAGGAAACUUUACCAACAUAUAUCAGGUCACAUAGCAUCCCCAUGUCGUUGUUUGACCCUCAACCAUCUAAGGCAACACCUAUGGUGGAAUGCGGAUAGAUCGAUUCUUGGCGUGAAGGCUAGGGUUUGGAACUCUAGCCACCGACUUUAUAAUCUGACGAUACAUCGAUGGGGCAUAAGCUAGCAGAGGUGACAACAAGUCCGACCUAGGAUUUUGAGCCUAGCCUCGCCCAUGGAUGAUACCAGUGCAGCACUUACAAGACAGAUUCAAAAAAGAGUGCUGCAACAGUGCAUCAGCAAGUAGAGGCCGUAGUGAGUUGAGGCGGUGAAGAAGGAACAGAGGAGACACCUGCUUAGCCACAACCUCACGAACACAAUAUCUUGCUAAAAAAGGAACAUAUAAAUACUUCAUAAUUCAUUUAAUUUUGAUUUGUCUUUACUUUCUUUUGUUCAACUUUAUCAAUGUUGCCAAUGUUGUAUUUGGAUGCUUAAAGUUCAGAGUCGAGCAAUAAGGAUUUGGAUGAUUGUUUGGAGAAAAUGCCUCAAUGAACUUCGCACAAGAUGUUGUUUCUUCGUUUCAAGCACAUACGUCGUUAGUGGUUACCAAGCUAAAUAAUGGGUGAUAAAUAAGGUAUAUGAACUUCUCCCUUUUGUUGCUUUCAUAUAUUCAAAUUAUGAAAACCUCUUCUCUUAAAUGUAUGGACUUUAUUCUAUUGAGGUUUUAAUAAUGCUGACAAAAGAUCAUAUACAAUUGUUGAAAAAAAUAUGUGAUGAAAAUACCACCGUUCGAUUUAUCAAAAGCAAGCCAGUGAUGAUUUAACCUUAGCUUGAAUGGUGCUUUUAGAUAUUUUUGUUUGUGUUGUUUGUUGAGAAUUACUAAAGAUUAUUGAAUUCAUAUUUAUAUUUUUAUAUUGAAUUCUUUAUUUUUUAGUUCUUAACCUGUAUUUGAGAUUAUCCAGUGCUUAACCUCUUUUGGGUUUUACUUUGUUUAGAAAUGUGUAGUGAGUUUAUUUCCUUCUUUUUAGCGUAAAAAAUAUGUUGGAUUCAUUUUAUGGAACCAAUGUAAUUGCAUGGACUAUUUGGCUUGGUCUAUUCUCUAAAUAUGUAUUGAUUUUGUAAUCUAUGAUGGUACAUUUGGAUUGGUGUUGUUAUCUAGCCUUUUUGUCUCUAAAGCUUGAAGCAAAUGGUAAUAAGCAAUAACAUGAAGUCAUGAACUAUUUGUUAUUGGCAUUUCGGUUGAACUAUAUAUUAUGGAGUCUUAUCUAAAUAUCUAAAGACAAUUGCAACAAUUUGCUCCAAUUUGCUCUUACCAUUCUAAAAUUAUCUUCCUGAUUACAAUUUGUUGAAAGCAUCUUACUAUAUACAAUGCUAAGAGGACAUUGUGAACAGUGUUCCCGACUUCCCGCCCAUUUUACGGGCCGGCUGGGCUGCGUAUAUUUGGGCCGAAAAUGAGUCCAAUUUUGGCAGCUAUUUUUAGGGUCUAAUCCACUAGGUGUGAGGCUCUAUAAAGUAAACAAAUGAUGCUUUAUUGAGCCAAGUGACACAUCAACUUUAAACCACACUUUACAUCAAAUCAAAUACUUAAAUAGAUUUGCACAAUCUAAGCAUUUAAUGUGCUUUCAAUUACUUGAUUCCCAAAGCCAUUAUAUAUUCACUAUGCCCGAAUACUUUUGAAUUCCACCAUAUAAACACACCAAUUCCUUCUUCCACCAUAUUUGACUUCUUUUGCUUCCUUGUGAUGGCCGAAAAUUCUCAAAGAAAUUCUAGGACAAUGUUUACUCCGAUUUCCGAGCUUGACAACAACCGUACAUCUUGGAUUCUCAAGUUAAUGGCUAUUUGUGUUUACUUUGUUCCAAGGUGGGCGAGAGUCGGAGAUUACAUGGAGAUUGUCUUUCACGAUGAGCAUGGAACGAGGAUUCAUGCACAUCUCAACCGACCGGAAAAGAAGAAGUUUGAAAACCAAAUCACUGAGGAUGGUGUUUAUGCCAUUCGAAAUGUGCAUGUUCUCAACAACUAUCAAAGUUUGAAAACAACCGCAAAUGAUAAGCUCUUGGGUUUUUUCAGAGAUACAAAAGUGAAAACUUUGAAUCGGAGUGAUUUUCCACGGAUCAUGUUUGACUUAAAACGAUUUCCAGUUCUUCAAAGCCAACCAUGUUUGAAUGAUCAAGUUUUGAUUGUAUCGGUUGAAGAAAGGGAAAAUCAAUUUCACGAAGAAGCAAUCACAUACUUACCUAUGGUGAAGAAGAGGUGCUAAAUUGGGGAAGAAGUUAAAAACCUCCACAUAUGAAUGACGCGUGUACACCUUAGGUGUCAAAAAAAUAGAGUUUAAAGAGUGACACAUAUCAAUUUUAUACACAAACUCUCAUAUUUUAUAUUAAGGCCCCGUUUGGUACAAGAAAUUCAAACUAUAGAAUUAGAAUUAAGGACUUCAAUUUCAAUUCUCGUGUUUGGUAGCACAGAAAUUAUGUGGAUUUGGAAUUAGUAGUGCAAAAAAUGAAUUGGAAUUGG